AUAAAUUCAUACAGAACUCGGAGCAAUUUCCGGAAUAUAGACUGUGAAUAGAAAGCCAGGAAAGGUCAUAUAUACCGGUGUUUUAUGUAAUUUCUUUAACUAAAACAUGUCUCAUUCAAGAUUCGGCCUUCUUUGUAGAAAAGUAAUCACAAGUCACAUGAGACGAUGUGCUCGCUGGGACCAGACAAGCACAGUGAAUGCUUCCAAGGUGACCCUGAACUUACUAAGUGACCACAUAGCUGACCACAUUAUGAUUAAGUCCUUCAGCCAGUCAGGUUUCCUCCUACACAAUGAUGACAUUAGAAUCAUCGGCCCAGCUGUAUUCUUCCCCAGGGAGGUUCUACAUUGGAAUGUGAAGGACUUUAAUGACAUUAAUGAGGCAUCACUAUCUUUAUUCACCCUUCUUGACCCAAAAGUUGACAUUCUUUUAAUUGGACUUGGACACAAGGUAGAGAGGCUCAGCCAAGAGGCUAUGAAUUACCUCAGAGGCAACAAAAUCAACUUUGAAAUCUUAACAACGGAGAAAGCCUGUGCUCUGUUCAAUUUCUUGAAUGGUGAAAAGCGUCAGAUUGCUGCAGCUAUGAUUCCACCAGAAGUUAUUGAUGACAGUAUGAUAUUACCAAAAGACACUGAUACAAUUAAGUUUCAACAAACAAUUGACCUUUUCAACAAUAAUGUACAUGAGGAUUUUAAACCAAAGAAAAUUCUGGAAACUCCCAUCUCGAGAAUAAAAGAGACAAAGACUAACAUUGAUUACAUAAUGGAAAGAAGGAGGAAAGCAAAGGAAAUACUUGCAGACCAGCAAGCACCUGAAGAUAAGGACGAAGUAGAGAGAGAAAGGAAGGAAAGGAAAGGAAAGAUGGCAGCAGAGAAGACAAAAGAAGAAUUGGAGGGAGAGAAAAGUAGUCAAUCUGACGGGGAGCAGAUCCAAAGAGACUCAGUUCAGGAUGUAAUGGAAGCAUUAAAAAAAGCAGAUAGGGAGAAAACCAAGCCGGACAAAGAUUCAGAUGACCCCAAAUCAUGAUAAAAGUGCAAGAAAGCUAUCUCUAGUUUCAAUUCUGCAUUUGCAGUGUAAAAGUUUUGCAGGCAUUAAGGAGGUUUUGCCAGUUACAGAAUACACUGCUAUAAAUGUAAUUUGUAUCAGUGUCUUUCAGUGUUUUGCUUUCUUCGAUUUGUUUUCAGGUCAUAAUGUUGAAUAUUCUGCUGUUUGCAUCAAACAUCUUGACAACAAAAUAGUCUAUGCACCAUCAUUAUGAACACAUUAUAAUAGUAUUAUGUUGAAAAAAAUUAAAUAAAUUUACAAUAAAUUAUACUAUGUAUAUAAUAAUA